AUGGGUUUUCAACAGGGUACCGGCCCACUCUUCACCACUCUUGGGCUCUUCAUUAUUGACGAGAAUAUUUACCCAAAGUCAUGGGGUCGUGAGUCAGAAUAUAAUAUAAUUGGCGGUGGUGCAUCCUAUGCUAUUGUCGGGUCCAGAUUUGUCACUGGACCGAAGUACUCCAAAGAUAUCUAUGGUAUUAUAGAUAAGGGUUCCGAUUUUCCGAAUGAAGUAGAAGAAGAGAUUCGCUCAUGGGGUACUGGAACGCUUUUUAGAGAAGACAAGUCCAGAUUGACCACACGGGGUGCAAAUGUAUAUCAUGAAGAUGGAGUCCGUGAGUUCGUAUACAGAUCUACUAAGAAAAGAAUCGAAGCCGUGGAUGUGAUCGAUACAGGGCUAGUUCACCUGAGCUGCUUUCAUUUUUGCUGUUCUGUUGAAAGAUGUGAGGAGUCAAUCGACAUCUUCAACAAGUUGAAUGUGGACUCUGGGGUCAAGCCAAUGUACGUUUUCGAACCGUUUCCAGAAGUAUGUGUUGCACAAAACUUUGGAAGCUUGACUGGAAUGCUUCACAAAGUUACUGUUUUCACGCCUAAUUUGAACGAAGCUGCUGGCUUUGCUGGACUUCAAAAGUUGCCACAGACAAUCGACGAAAUCCGCCAAUUGGCCCUUGUUUUCCUCCCUCAUAUGCAAGGAGGUAGUGUAGUUCUUAGGUGUGGAGAGCUUGGAAGCUUGAUUUUGAAUGAUAGUGUUGAAAUUUUUCUUCCAGCGUUCCACCAAGAUCAGUCGAAGGUAGUGGAUGUGACUGGAGCAGGCAAUACGUUCUGUGGAGCUUACAUUACAGCCUUACGACUUUCUGAUGAUGAUAUUUAUGCUGGAAUUUUGGCUACAUUGGCUAGUGGAUGCGCAAUAGAGCACUUAGGAGUACCAAAGUUGGAGAAUGAGAAGUGGAACGGGCUGACAGUGAAGGAACGGUUCAAUCAUUAUGUGGAAGAAAACGGGCAAUUGUUUCAAGACCUGGAUUUAACAAAAUGGGAAAACCUACUAUCAUAG